AUGUCCUCAAUAUAUUUACAAAACACCGUCAAACCCACGAUGAAUGCGUUGUGGUGUUUACUUGUGAUGUUAUUGAUUGGUGUGUCCUCUAAAACGUGCGAAGCCGGGUAUUUCCAAAGUGGAGUUGAUUGUGUAGAGUGUAAAAAUGGCUAUUAUUCUGUUGGAGGGACUGUUCUCAACUGCACAAAAUGUGACGAAUUGUGUGCGACCUGCGAUAAAACAAAUGGGAAUUGCACAAGUUGUGUUGGUGGGUGUAGUUUCAAUGGUCGUAGCUGCUUGUUGUGUCCAGCUGGGUAUUCCUCACAUGGGGGAACAAGUACAUGCACAGUGUGUCAUAGUGGUUAUUACUCGUUUGGUGGUGCUUCUGUGUGUUCAAGUUGUGAUUCUACAUGUGGUAGUUGUGAUAGAACAAAUGGCAACUGCACAACAUGUAAUUCUGGUUAUAUAUUGACGGAUGGCAAAUGCACACCAUGUCGGGCAGGGACGUAUCCAAGUGGCGACAUGUGUGUGGAGUGUCCAACUAACUAUUACUCAUCAAGCGGUUCCGCUUCAUGUAGAAAGUGUGACACGACGUGUGUGACAUGCAAUUCAACGAAUGGGUAUUGCACAUCGUGUCAAAUUGGAUAUGCCACCAACAACAAAGUGUGUACAAUGUGUGCGGUCGGGUAUUACGAGCACAAUAACGCAUGCAAACAAUGUGAGAAUGGGACGCAUUCAUCGACAGGUGGGAGUACUGCGUGCACGCCGUGUCAGGGCGGGUAUUACAGUCUGAUUGGGUAUUCCGAGUGUGUACAUUGUGCUGAUGCCAGUGUGUUGGCUGUGAAAGGUGGGCAAUAUGCAAAUGCAGCAACUAACGGCUGCAAGUUGUGUGCUGCUGGAACGUAUUCAGAGCAUAAUGCAACUUCGUGCACAAGUUGUGGUGAUGAUACGUAUUCCAAAGAAGGUGCCACCAGAUGUAAGGCAUGUUUAUCUGUUUGCAACACCUGUGACAAAACAACUGGUGAGUGUCUGACGUGCUAUUCAGGGUAUCAACUGAACGCCUCACAGAGCUGUGAGAUAUGCCAACGUGGCACACACUCAUAUGGCACAAAAUGUGAUGAUUGUGAAGAGAUGAAAUACCAAAGUGAAGAGGGGCAGUCUGUCUGUCUUGCAUGCAGCACAAACUGCUAUAUUGAUGGAAGUUGUACAUUGUGUCAUGAUGGCUACUAUUCCACAGGCGGGACUGGCAGUUGCAAACCGUGUCCAGUUAUUUGUGAUAAUUGCAUCAGAGAGAGUGGCGUGUGCUCGUCGUGUUCAUCUGGUUUUAAGAAAGUUGGAGGUGAAUGUACAUCGUGUGCAUCAAAUGGGAAUUGCAAUACGUGUGAUUCAGACGAAAAUGAGAGCAACAGGGUGUGUGUUGAAUGCGCAGAGAAUUACUAUUUAAAUGAUGAAGACAACAGUUGCAACUUGUGCAACACAAUUGAUCCCAAUUGUGUGAAAUGUUCACGAAAUGCAAAAGUGUGUGUUGCUUGCAAAGACGACUUUGUGACAGAUGGCACUUCGUGUUACAAGUGUGGUGCAAGCGAAGUCAAAAUCGACACACAGAGCUGCAUGAAGUGUUAUGACGCCAUCAACAACUGCAACAACUGCACUUUCAACAACACCAACUUUGUGUGUGUUGGAUGUUUUGCGCCAUAUGUGGUGUCAACUAACAGCAAGUCGUGUGUGUUGGGUUACACUGAGGGUACUUAUUACAACUACGACAUAAAGAAAUCAAUAUUGAAUUAUGAUAAUUGUGUGAAACAGGUGAACACAACGUGCAUACAAUGUAAAAACACUCUGCUUGUCAAUGGGAGUUGCAUUGAUGUUGAGAGUAACUGUGUAAGACACUCGACAACGACGUGUGAUGUGUGUGCGACAGAAACCAUCACAACAGCAAACUGUGGAGAAACAGCAGACAACUGCAAAUACACAAAAGUUGUGAGUGGCGUUGGUGAGUGUCUCCAAUGCAAAAGUGACGAGUUGUGUGGACUGCAACAGCAGCACUGCGCAAUAUCAAACAACUCAUUUUGUUAUUUGGCAGCAAUUGGAUAUUUUUCAACAAUAAAUGGAAUUUUGGAGUGUAUGAGUGGCAGUCUUUGUAUUCAAAUCAAUCAAAAUGAAAUUGAUUAUAAGUGUGCAAAUCCAUAUGUGUUUGAUAGCAAUUACAAAUGUCAUGCCGAUGUCAAAUGCAACACAAGAAAGUCGAGUGAUUGUGUUGGAUGCAUCACAAAUCACCACAUUGAAGACCACACGUGCACACAAAACACAAUUGCAAACUGUGAAAUCCAAAACAAAGACAUUUGCAUCAAAUAUGAUGCAACAACAAUCACAUCAGAUGGGAAGUGUUACCCAACUGACAAUUUGGACUGUGCUGUGUUUGAUGGCGUCUGCAAGAAGUGUGCAGCAGACAAGUACAAAACACUUGAGAGGUGUGAGUUGAUUGAGACACAUUUCCCGUCAUGUCAGUCAGUUGUUGGCGAACACUGCGCUGAGUGUCAAACCAAGCACAAUUUGAUCAACGGCAUUUGUGUGACAAAUACACUACAAAACACAGCAAAAACUUAUUUCAAAUCAAUUUCAAAUCAAUUGCAAAACACACAACAAACAAAUGAUAUUAACAACAACACCAAAACAACACCAAAAGCAGACCAAAACGAUGAGUCGAAUUGCAUUGAAAAGAGUUCAAAAGGGUGUUUGCGAUGUGGUGACACGCAUUACAUCCAAAACGGCGUUUGUGUGAAGUGCGAGUACCCCUGCACACACUGCUCCAAUCUGACAUUCUGCACAAAGUGUGACCAAUACUCGUAUCCAAACACAAAUGGGGAUUGCACAACACUUGGAGAAAUCAUCACAACAUGUCUGGCAAUGAUGCCAAAUUACGAUGGAUGCGCUAUUUGCAAAGAUGGAUACAAACGAUCCACCGAUGGCAAAAGUUGUGACAAAUGCGAUGAGUCGUGUGCAAAAUGUGAUGUCUUUGGCAACUGCAUUGACUGCAACAACACAUUCUAUCGCAUUGAUACAAGCAAUAAAUACUGCAGACCACAAAGUGAGUUAAUUGGGUGUCUCAACACAAGCACUUAUGGCUGCUUGAUAUGUGGCGAUGGGUACUAUUUACACACAAAUGUGUGUGAUAAGUGUGAUGACAACUGCACACUCUGCACAUCACUGAAUGAGUGCACAAGUUGUCUUGCAACACACAUUUUAGUCGACUCACAGUGUGUCCAUUUCUCAACUGUUUCAAAUUGUGUUUCUGCAUCAAACAACAAGUGCACGCAAUGUGCUGACAAUUUCAAAGUCAAUCCAGAAGGCACUCAAUGCGAUAAAACGACAAAUUAUGGUUUGGUCGUCGUACUUCCUGUUGUCAUGACAUUAGUAUACUUGGAAACAACAUUCUGA